AUGGAUUUAUACAUCCGACCACUAUCAGUCAACGAUCUUGAUCGAUGCGUUGCAGUGGAGGCCGCAGCCUUCCCCCCCGCCGAAGCAGCGACUCGCGAAAAGGCAAGAUUAUUUGUCCGUAAGGGCAAAAAUAGCCCAGAGAGCGUUAUCCGACAAGGGAUCACCCCGGUCUACAGCCCAUCCGAAACUUCGAGUCGUGAUGAACUUAUCGCACACACAAUUUCCACCAAGUCAACCUCUUCUGUUGUCACAGACGAGGAUAUGGCUGUCCCAUCUGCGUGGAAGAUAGACCCGACCGCUACAUACGACGUGGGGCAUCGACCUGAAGGCAGAACUAUCACUUUGCAUUCACUGGCUGUCGCGCCCCAUUUCCAGAAGUCGGGUUACGGCAAAACCCUCAUGGCAUACUACAUCGAGCACAUGAUGCAAACGGCACAGGCAGAGAGAAUUUCUAUUCUCACUUACGACAGGCUGGUUUCGUAUUAUGAAAAGCUGGGCUUUACACACUAUGGCAAGAGCCAAUCCGAGUAUGCUGGAGUAGCUUGGCACGAUUUGGUAUGGUCUCUCGAGGGCAAUCAUACAAGCUUCCUGCUGACGUUCUCCAUGUAG